AUGACUUCCGUGGGACCUCCGUUUCAUCUGGACUGUUUGCUUCACAGUCGAGCACGUUCGCGCCGCACAUCAGGACUUCGAAGUCAGUCCCGUCGCCCAGUGUUCAAUCCCAAAGUACUACAAAGUCGACAUUUAGACGAGUGGGACGUUCGAAACGCUGUCGGAUACAUCGGUCUCCAAUCACCUCUAGCCCAUCGAGGUGCAAUGAUGGCAGAAACCAGACACGGGAGUUUAUAUUUAUGUCGCACUUGUUUGCGGGUGGCCGGACAGACUUUGCCAACUUUGUCUGUUGUGGCUGAAUCCCUUUCUGACUCGGAUGAGAGCCACGUGUUCACCGGGGACGAAGAAUGGGGUCCACUGUCAGACGAAUCUGAUGACAAACUGUUGGUGCCCUCAGAUGAUUCAGCUGAUCCAAAAAGAAAUAAUUCACCUGAACCUGACAUUCAAGUAUCCGCCGGACACAGUCGCAUUUUACAACCAGUGGAUGACUCUAGCGGAGUUUCAGACGAUUGUUCGUUCGACACCCCAAGUACACGUAGAGCAAAGCGUUUGAGACGCAGGCCGUCGCUGAGACGUAAGUCAACGGUACCUCGUGGUCCAGCUCGGAAUAGUCUUCGAGAUGACCAGCAGCCCAAUGCAUCGCGCAUAUGUGGAAGGCGUGCUUCACAAGCGAACUGCACAGAAAGCAUUCCAGACAUGUCUGUGGACAAUGCCAACCAAUCGGUCACAAGCUCAGCCAAAAAACGCUCUCGCUUGGAUUCCAGUUCGGAUUCCGAUUCUCUAAAAGACAUCAUGAUCAAAUUUCCAACCCUCAAGCGUGUUUCAGUUGUGUUGGAUCCCUGUGACUUGUCAACCAUUGUAACUCACUGCGAUCCCCCCGUUGGUGGAGCUGUGACUCGUCGUUGUCGCCCGGCGCGUCGCUAUUCAACUCCGUCAUUCACUCGCCACAGCAGUCCCGAAUCUGAUUGUGAGACCCAGUCUCCGAAACCCAGCGAAACGAAUCUGGAUCAGUCAGCAGUCCAACAACUGCUCACUGAUUUGUGUAAGUCCAGCUGUGCUCGACCACUGCUCCGAUGUGGUGCUGGUAGACCGCAUCACGGGAUACUGACCGAACCGAACGUGUCGGACUCAUCUGACGAAUCUCAGCAACACACGGCCCACCGAAUUCCACCACGAAAAUCAUUACCUCCGCGCAAUCGUCGCCGUCCGGCUCGUCUGGGGGCAGAGCCUAUUCGUGAGAAGCUUCGUGCGUGGGAUUUGAAUAGUCUACAGGAUUUGGUAUCACGGGGUCAACUACCCGGAGGACCGCAGACGGCCGUCUCGCAUUUGAGGCUUUUGAUUCAGCACUGGUUGCUGACCAAUCGUCCGGGAAGUCGAAUUCACGAUAGCGCCUUGGCGGUCUCUGCGUUGUUGGACCGUAAAUUGAUGGCUCUUAAUCACCCCGUGGAGGAAGAACGUAGCUAG